AUGUCAACUAAAAAACCAUUUGUACCAAAAUAUGACAUCUCUGUUGGUCUUCAUAAAGGACGAAAAAUAGAAAAAUUUGUACCAAAAAGAGUUCGUCCAACACGUCGUACAGAAAAAAAAAGUAAACGUGUAAAAUUUGUUCGUGAUCUUGUACGUGAAAUCGUUGGUUUUAUGCCGUACGAAAGACGUGCUAUUGAAUUAAUGAAGGUUGGUCGUGAUAAAAGAGCAUUGAAAUAUGUGAAAGCAAGGUUAGGCAGUCAUCAACGAGGAAAAAAGAAACGUGAUGAACUACAAAAUGCCAUUACUGCACAAAGAAAAGCACAAGCACAAAAACAAUAA